AUGCCUCGCGGAUACGGUAUCGCCGACUCCAAGAAUUGGACCGACUUCAAGGUCUACGAUUUCGACCUCAAGAAGGAGACUGACGACGAUGUCGACAUUGCUAUCACCCACUGUGGUGUCUGCGGUUCGGAUGUCCAUACCAUCUCCGGUGGUUGGGGCCCUCUGAAGCACGACUUCUGCAUUCCUGGUCAUGAGAUCAUUGGCAUCGCCACCAAGGUCGGCAAGAACGUCAAGGACAUCAAGGUUGGCGACCGAGUCGGCGUCGGUGCCCAGGUCGAUUCUUGUGGUGAAUGCGUACCUUGCCAAGAUGAAGAAGAGCAGUACUGUCGCGGAAAUGGCACCAAGAAACUAGUAGAUACGUACAACGAUACGUACAGUGAAUGCGGCACAAAGGCUAUGGGUGGCUAUUCGACCCACAUCAGGACUCAGCAGCAGUUUGUCUUCCCGAUUCCUGACAAGAUCAAGUCCGAGCAUGCUGCUCCUAUGCUUUGCGGUGGUCUUACGCUCUUCUCACCUCUGAUCCGCAACGGCGCUGGCCCAGGAAAACGGGUUGGAAUCGUUGGAAUCGGCGGCCUUGGUCACUUUGGUGUCAUGUUUGCCCACGCUCUCGGUGCCGAAGUGGUUGCCAUCUCGCACUCUCCUCGCAAGCGCGAGGAUGCGCUCAAGAUGGGUGCCAAAGAGUUCGUCUCCACCGGCGAGAACCCCAACUGGGCCGAGGAGUACAAGAACAAGCCUUUCGACUUGAUCAUCAACACUGCCUCCUCCAACGCCGUUGACCUCCGCACGAUCCUUACCACGCUCAAGGUACACGGCCGUCUCAUUUGCGUCGGAAUGCCCGAAGAUGUCUUCAAGGUUCGCAUCCAGGACUUUGCCGGUAAUGGUUGCCUGAUGGGCUCCUCCCAUAUCGGAAGCAAGAAGGAGGCUCUUCAGAUGCUCGAGCUCGCUGCUGAGAAGGAUAUCCAGCCUUGGGUCGAGAUUCUCCCUAUGAAGGACUGCAGCAAGGCCGUCAAGAGGGUGGCAGACAACGACAUCCGCUACCGAUUCGUGCUCGAGCAGGAUCUCGAGAAGCACUAA